AUGCCUGUGCUAAGUCCCGCACCUUCAGCCAGCAUUGCAGCCUGGCGGCUCCCAAAUCAUCGCCCUACAACCUUCAGGACCGAGCCCAAUAUUGACAUAAAGAGUCUAAAAAAUACCGUUCGUGCUCAUCGCGAAGCGAAUCGAGAGCCAGUCGUGCGGAAGAUCUAUAAAAAGGGUCAGUCGGUCCGGAUAGAAGACCAUGACGGAGGACUACCUGCCUUGAAGGUCAAAGUCCCACAGAAGAAGAGUGGACUUUUCAAGAGGAUUGAUCUUGCUUCCGUCACCGCGUUGCGAGGCACCAGUCGCGACUUGGACGCGUUAUGGCGCAUAAAGGAUACUGAGAAGAACCCGCCCCUGCACUAUCGCCUUCCAUGGCUCCGGCAUUUGGAUAGCCCCGACUCGCUCCCUCCAUUGUCAGCCAUCGAGCGCCUUACUGCUGAAAUCUGCGCAUUCGAAAAAUAUAGCUCUCCGUCGGAAGAAGAGCAAGCCGCUGCCAACGACGCUCUGAACGACAUCAUCGAGUGCGUCAAGGGCACUGACGCUGGGUUAAUUGUCGAUGUCAUUGGCUCUCGUGCCACAAACUUGGCUGAUUCUUUAUCGGACCUUGAUAUCAACGUCUCCAGUCCAGAUCAAUGUGUCAUCUUGGAUGAACCCGCGAUGGAAGCUCCAUUCAAGGUUCUCGACAAACUCUACAAGACUCUGCGGAAGCCGUCGAAAACUACCAAUCAGUCUGUUUCUCAUCGUAUCGAAACUCAUUACUACCUUAAAACCGCUCGAAUACCCAUCUUGCUUUGCCGCCACAAACCAACAGGGCUUCCAAUUCAGAUCCAGUCGACGCCACGGACAUUUGACAGCCGGGAAUACGUCAAAGCGUCGUUGAGGGAAUAUCCAACUUUGCGAAGCUUGUUCAAAGUAUUGAAACAACUUCUGCAAAUGCGUGGACUUACCGUCGGCAGCCAUGGAGGGAUUACAUCCUAUCCACUACUGCAAAUGAUUGUCGCGACGCUAAAGUUCUCCGAGGCCAGGUUUCACCCGGCAGACGUGGGCAACCAGUUCCUCUUCUUCCUAGACUUCUACUCUGACAUCGACUUUUCCACGCAUGGCAUUUCCAUUGAACCUCUUGAGUUGUUCUCCAAAAGCGUUGGGCGGGCCUCAGAUCGUGGUGAAGAGCCGGACAACGGGAGAGAUGGGCCAGAAUCGCCGAAUAAGGCGCACGAAUCGCAGUAUGAUGUCACGUUCAAGGGUCGGACUCGAAGACGGUCUCUAAAGAGCAUGGACUAUUUAAUGACUCUCCAGGACCCCGCUAACCCUAUCAACGACCUUGGAAAGUCUUGUUUUCAAAUCAAAGAUGUGCAGGAGACUUUCAUUGCCAUCAGGGCAACCCUCAAGCGGGCAAUGGCUCAAUGGGACGUCCCCUCUAGGGCGUCCGCACGUUCGGGCGGCCAAAGUGUAGUGCGUUCACUGUUGGAGUCCUGCGUUGGUGGUGACUACAGGAUAUACGAGCACGAGAGAGACGAUCUUUGCCGGUUAGGUCGCCGCUCACUGCACAAGUUGGAGGAGGCUGCUGCUUCAGAAGCUUGA